UAAUAAAUAAUAAUAAUUCGUUAUCCACCUAGGUUAACCGUAUCUGCUACUGUUACUAUACCCACACAACUACAUCUAUCCAUAAACAAAUAAGUAAAGCAAAAAUACAAGUGGUUGACCAGUUCAAGUAAAUAAUACAUAAGUCAAUUUUUACAGGGUGAAUAUAAAAUCAAAAAAAAAAUGAUAAUAAUAAUUAUAAAAAAAAAAAGACAAAAAAGAAUCUCCAUAUUUCUUUGAAAGUUUCCUGGAAAUUAAUCUCUUACCACUUUUUUCUCCUUUCACUCGGAAACUCCACCGCUAUAUAUAUAUAUAUACAUCAUGCACAAAUUAAACCAAUUAUUGCAUUAUUUAUUUAUUUAAAUAAAUAAAUAAAUAAAUAUGGAAGAAAUGCCACCAGGGUUUCGUUUUUACCCGACUGAAGAAGAACUGGUUUCCUUCUACCUCCACAACAAACUCGAAAACAACAACAACAACAACAACAACAGUAUAAACCGCGUUAUCCCUCUCCUCGACAUUUACAACUUAGAGCCAUGGCAACUUCCGAAGCAUUGUGGGGAGCUUUGCCAUGGGGACCCGGAGCAAUGGUUCUUCUUCGCGCCUAGGCAUGAAAGAGAAGUACGAGGAGGGAAGCCGAGAAGAACCACCGGAACCGGAUACUGGAAGGCCACCGGCUCUCCUAGCUACGUUCACUCCUCCGCCGGAAAAGUCAUCGGAGUUAAGAAAAGCAUGGUCUUUUACAAGGGUAAAGCUCCGACCGGUACCAAAACUAAGUGGAAGAUGAACGAGUACAGAGCCAUUAAACAAGAUGGGCCCACUUCUACUCCCAAGCUCCGGCAUGAGCUAAGCCUGUGCAGAGUUUACGUGGUGUCGGGGAGCCGCCGAGCGUUUGAUCGGCGCCCCACUGCAGCGGCGGAGACUUCAUCGAGGGUUAAUUCUCAAGAAAAUAACGAUGAUUAAGUACUUGGUGUCGAUCUAAUUCUCUACGUAAUUUUUCUAAAGAAAGACGAAAUAAACAGAAUUUAUUAAAUAGAGCUGGGGCAAAUGCAAAAUCAAGAGUCGUGUGUUACUUAUUUGUACAGUGGUAGUGUCUAAUAAAUCUAAUAAACAGCGUUUAUUAAAUGCAGCUGGGGAAAAUGCAAACUCAAGAGUCGUGUUUAAUUUACGGAAUUUUUUUUAAUUUUUAAUUUUUGAUAAGUACAGCAGUGAUAGUGGUUAAUAUAAUGUCAGGAUUACCAAAAUAUAAUAGUAAUGAUCACUUGUAAGAUAUUGAAAUUUUUGGCUUUAA